ACAGUCCCAGGAAGCUUUGGGCAGACCUGGAAAAGGCAGCCACUUCCUGAAAAACUGAGAGACCGAAGAUGGAUUCGGGUUUGUAAUUAUGUGCAUCGUGCAUGGGAAGCAGAUACAUUGGUCUACUUAUAUGAGUUCUUCUAUUAAUCUGAAUUUAAUUACACCUCUAGGAACCCUUUUCACUGGCGGGAAUGGGUUGCCGGGAUGUUCAUGCUGCGACGGUCCUAGCCUUCCUCUCUGGAACAGCUGCCUUGUCAGGACUCAUUGCUGCCGCGCUGCUUCCAAACUGGAGACAGAUGCGACUCUACACCUUUAACAGAAAUGAAAAGAAUGUGACCGUUUACACCGGGCUGUGGAUUAAGUGUGUUCGCUCUGAUGGGAGCAAAGACUGUGUCAUUUAUGACACUGAGUGGUACACAGCAGUUGAUCAGCUGGAUUUGCGUGUCCUCCAGUUGGCUCUUCCCAUUAGCAUGUUGACCACAGUCUUGGCCCUCUUCCUCUGUUUAAUUGGCAUGUGUAACACGGCCUUUGUAUCCACCGUGCCCAACAUCAAGCAGGUCAGAUGUCUCAUCCACAGUGCAGGCUGCCAUCUUGUGGCAGGCCUCUUUUUUCUUCUUGCGUGUGUCAUUUGCCUGAUACCGUCAGUCUGGGUCAUCUUUCAUAAUCGAGAGCUGAACCAAAAAUAUGAGCCUGUUUUCACCUUUGACAUUUCUGUAUACAUUGCUAUUGCCAGUGCAGGUGGCUUAUUAUUUACAUCCAUUCUCUUAUGCCUCUGGUACUGUGCAUGCAAGACACUCCCUUCCCCUUUCUGGCAGCCUCUGUACUCGCAUGCCCCUAGCGUGCACAGCUAUGCUUCCCACCCGUAUUCUGCACGGUCACGGCACUCAGCCAUUGAGAUUGACAUCCCUGUGGUUACACGUACUUCUUAAUGGGUUGAGAAAGCCAAACACUCCUUUGCAUAUUCUACCUUUAUUCCAGCGCUUGCAAGUCAAGUGCUUUCCAACAGCUUAGCAACUUCUACAACUAUAGCAAGGGUGUGUAGUUUGGUGACUUUUAUUUUCAUUACCUAGAUCAGAGUUUCUCAAUCUUGGCAGCUUAAAGAUGUGUGGACUUCAACUCCC